AAAUAUGGACGUCAGGUGAGCUGAGACGCCGAGCAUUUCCUCCCGAGGUUACAGGCAAGGCUGCACGCGACUUAUCUAAGGUGUUGCAGCACGUUGAAUAACAAUUUAAACGUUAGUUUUAUUUUUUUUCCCUGACGGUGCCAAAAACAACUUUCACAACUGCUCCUCCUGUUAUUUUGCUCACCGAGCAGCGUGUGGAGUGAUUGGCUGUCAUGAAUCAAAGGAUACCCGGUUUACAGCGAGAGAAAGUGGUAGGCUACUCACUGUCUGGGUUGUACCAAAAACUGAGGGAUUUCCCCUUUCAUGUCAAAGUUGAUUAUCCAUGUCAUUAAUUGCAUGCAGGCCAUAAAUGAUGAGCCUACUUUCACCAAGAACCCACGUUUAAUUACACAAAGAGAAAUUAGGUAUUUUCUUAUUUGUCUUCCUUUAUGGACCAAAGCGCAGUGUCAAUACCCCCAUUUCUUGGUAAUGGAUAAACUAUGUAACCAAAUAGAGGGCUGCGCUCAAGAUAAUAAAUAUUAGAAUAAAAGAAGCUCUUUUAUUUCCCAUAUGUUAAAAUGUCGGUGGCAUUUUCAUCGGCGCGCCCCAGGAGUAAAGGGGAGGUGACACAGCAAACGAUUCAAAAGAUGCUGGAUGAAAAUCAUCAUUUAAUACAAUGUAUAAUGGAUUACCAAAGCAAAGGCAAGACAGCUGAGUGCACACAGUAUCAGCAGAUCCUGCACAGAAAUCUUGUUUACUUGGCCACAAUAGCAGACUCCAAUCAGAACAUGCAGUCACUACUACCUGCACCUCCUACUCCCAACAUGUCCAUGGGUCCUGGAGGGAUGGGCCAGAGUGGGGGACAUGCUCCAAGCAACCUCAAUGAUAACAUAGCACCAGGACUGCCCCCGACGUCUAUGAUGCAGAGCCAAAUGAGCAAUGGCCCCAGCCAUGCCCCCAUGCAGCAGCAGUCUGGUCAGGUGCACUCGGCUAUUCCCUCCGCAUCCCUCAGCCUGCCUGCCAGCAGCUACGGUAGCUCAGCUUCAGCCUCCGGUUACAGCCACGCCUUGCCCUCCUCCCAGGGUAGCAUGAUCCAGGGCCCAGGGCCUGGCUAUGGCUCUUCCUCUUCUUCCUCCACAUCCUCCUCUUCUUCCUCCUCCUCCCGCAGCAACCUCAACAUGCAGUCAAACCAAGUCACCAUGAUGCACCAACAAUCUGCCACUCCACACUACUCCUCAGCCCAGGCUGGGGGCCAACAUUAUCAGGGACAGCAGGCCAUGGGCAUGAUGGGUCAGGGCAGUCAAGGAAACAGUAUGAUGUCUCAGAGGCCCAUGGGAUCCUACCGCUCCUCACAACAAGGAUCUGCACAGCAGUACAUGGGACAAGACGAGUUCUACGGAGAGCAGUAUGGACACACUCAGAGCUCCAGCGAGCCCAUAAACCAGCAAUAUUACCCUGAUGGUCAUGGGGAGUACUCGUAUCAACAGUCUUCAUAUGGUGAGCAAGGCUAUGACAGGUCCUUUGAUGAAUCUUCACAGCAUUAUUAUGAAGGAGGUAACUCUCAGUACAGUCAACAGCAGGCCCAGUAUCAGCAGGGCUCUGGCCAGCAACAGCCCUUCAGCCAGCAACAGUACUCCUCUCAACAAGGCUACAGCGGACAGCCACAGGGAUACGGUCCUGGCCAGGGUGGAUCAUCCCAGUACUCUCAGUAUCAGCAGGGUCAAAGCCAACAGUAUGGCUCCUACCGUUCCUCCCAGGGAGGUCCUGGAGCGCAGACGCAGAGGCCCUAUGCCUAUGAACAGGGUCAGUAUGGGAAUUAUCAGCAAUAA